AAGCCGAUAUUCAAGCCGAUGCCAAUCCCGGUACCACAACCAGUUCCUGAAAUAAUUAGUCAGCCAAUGCCUAUACCAAUAAAUGUUCAACCGCCAUUAAUGAACACCUGUUGCGUUGGAUGCCCUAAUCCGUGCAGUUUUCGGAGAAAAAGGGAUACUCCUGGAAUGUCUUCGAAUAGUACUGUCUUAAAAGAAGAUCCGGUUUGCAACAACACGCUGCUCAAAAAAAUAAUGGCAAAGAAAAUAACACCAGAUCCAAGCUCCUCUCAAAAGCUCAUUGCCGAAGAAGCAAAAAGUUACAAUGUCCUGUGCGCAACCGGUGAUUUAUCAUAUGCCGCUUAUACGGAUGAUUUUUGUCAAAUUACCAAGGACAAUGUUGUCUGUUACGCUUUUAAAAACUGA